UAAAUUUAGAAAUUUUAUUAUAAAAUUUACUAAUUUGCGCCAAUGAGUGACAUUAAAGAAAUAAAACGAAUUGCUUGCGGCCGAAAUAAAAAAUAAAAUAAAUGGAGAAGAAUCGCGAGAGGUUGGAGAAUUUUUCCCAGCGCGGAAAUAGCGGUUUUGAGAUUACGAGGCCGGUUUGCUUGCACCAUUCGCGCUCAGGUUCCUCUUCUCUUUCCGUCCGACGGGUGUGGAUAUACGUCCGUCUCGUUUGUGGGUGUAGCCGGAGUAACCGGACGGCGUGCGAGAACGGAGCGGACGGGGGCCUACCGGCCGCUCGGCCAAUGGUAGCCUGCUGUCUGCCACGUUUCAAGGUGGCAGGGUGCUGGGUGGCUUGUCAUGACACGUACGUGUCGUACGGGAAAAUAUCGGGCCGUCGUGUGGAGCGAACGCCGCGUACCGUCCCCACGCCGCCGUCGGGAAGAUGCAGAUGCUACGGCAGCUGGACGUGCACCCGAAGGUGCGCGAGGAGGCCGAUAUCCUCGUGAGGACCUUCAGCGGCGCCAUCGUUACAAUCAUUAGUACAAUCAUCAUGGGCAUACUGUUUUUGUCAGAAGUAAACUAUUAUCUUACACCAACUAUGAGCGAGGAAUUAUUUGUAGAUACAUCCAGGGGUUCUAAACUGAGAAUCAACUUGGAUAUAAUAGUCCCAGCUAUAUCUUGCGAUCUUUUAUCGAUAGACGCCAUGGACACGACGGGUGAGCAACAUUUGCACAUAGAGCACAAUAUUUUUAAAAGACGGUUAGACCUGGACGGCAAACCUAUAGAGGAUCCACAAAGAACAAAUAUUACAGAUGCAAAGGCUGUCAGUAAAACUACGGAGAAGGCAGUAGAAAUCGGUACGACCACAGAGGAGACCUGUGGAGAUUGCUACGGAGCGGCCACGGACACUAUGAAAUGUUGCAACACCUGCGAGGACGUGUGGGAGGCCUAUAGACGCAAGAAGUGGGCCCCGCCGGAUCCGGCUGACGUUAAACAGUGUCAGAAUGACAAGUCCAUGGAGAAACUCAAGCAUGCCUUCACGCAAGGCUGUCAGAUCUUCGGUUAUAUGGAAGUGAAUAGAGUCGGCGGUAGUUUUCACAUCGCGCCAGGCGCCAGUUUCUCGGUUAAUCACGUUCAUGUGCACGACGUUCAACCUUACACUUCGUCCCACUUCAAUAUGACGCACAAGAUUAGACACUUGAGUUUCGGGCUCAACAUCUCGGGGAAAACAAAUCCUAUGGAUGACACGACCGUAGUCGCCAUGGAAGGCGCUAUGAUGUUUUAUCAUUACAUCAAGAUCGUCCCGACGACGUACGUCCGCGCGGACGGUUCGACCCUCCUCACAAAUCAGUUCUCCGUGACGCGGCACUCGAAGCGGGUAUCCCUGCUCACCGGCGAGUCCGGGAUGCCCGGUAUAUUCUUCAGCUACGAGCUGAGCCCGCUCAUGGUCAAGUACACGGAGAAAGCGAAGUCGUUCGGCCACUUCGCGACCAACACUUGCGCGAUCAUCGGCGGCGUGUUCACCGUGGCCGGUCUGAUCGAUUCGCUGCUCUAUCAUUCGGUGCGCGCGAUACAGAGGAAGAUAGAGUUAGGGAAGUACAAUUAAACACUUUGGGCCCGGCAGCAAUGAUCACCACUGAUCCUAACUCUGUCCCUCUCUCUCUCUCGCCAAUAUUUGUUUGCGUUAAAAUCGUCCGUUUUAUCUCCAUAGAUCCUUGUUAAACAAGGUGCUGAAAAUGGAUUGGGAUUAGUGUUAAUUGAUGCGACACGGCCUUAGGCGAAUAAUUAAGUUACGAUUGAUUAAGAAAAAGCAUUAUUAGAAAUACUCCAUUUUCCAUUGGAGAUCGAAUUUUUACGAAAUGGACCUUUAUCGCGUAUUUGGGUACGACUAUUUUCAUCUUGCAUUUAUAUUAAAAGUAUCGCAAAUGUAUUAAUUUUGCGAUACUUUUGUUACAAGUGCAAUUGGGAAUACUUUACAGUAUCGCCUUCGUGCGAUGUAAAAAAAAAAACAAAUUAUACAUAACUUAUUAUUAAUAUGAAGCGACGUAUAUGUUUUACUUCUUUUUUUAUUUAAUAGAGGAUAAUUGUGGUUUCAACGAAUGCGAUGUAAAGAAAAAACUUAUUUAUACGUGAUGUACAUAAAAAUCAGCAAAAUACACGAAAGCCUAUUGAAAUCUCA